CCCGACACCAAUCAAUCAUCACCGCGCUGUUGAUUAUUCACUCGCUCUUGCAUCCUUCCCACGCUGCCUUUCUCCUGCUCCCUAACGGUCUCUUUGUUCCACCGCUCCAUCUCCCCUUUUAAGUUCGCUCCUCGUUUCCCUCCAGUCCAUUGCAACCGUCCAUGCCGCUUGUCUGCUCACCAUCAUGGGUUUACUGAGCCGGCUUCGCAGGCGGUCCAAGAGCCAUAGCCGCGCGGGGAAUGUGGCCACCACCUACGACCACCUUUGCCUUGACUCCCACCACACUUUCGCCGGCCUCGACCUCACAAAAAAGCUUCCCCGACCGCUGCUGGCUCGCAUCUUCACCUAUGUGUGUCCGCACACCAUCGAUUCGAGCUAUGAUACCUCCGAGGAGUCGAUGACAGAGGAUGGCUGCAUGCUCUGUGAUAUGCGCGACCUGGCACAUUGUGCCGUGGUCUGUAAACGGUGGUAUCUGGAGGCUCGGGCUUUGCUUUACGCUCACGUCCGUAUCGACGCCGUCCACUACUGCGAGCUCGAGGUCCAACUUGCCGCCAAACGAAAACGCCAUUCCUUCUUCGACCGCAAUGGUGAAGCGAUCGAUGCCCCACAAGUACGCUUGCAGCUGUUCAUGCAGACUGUCCGAGAUUCGCGAGACCUAGGGCGCAUGGUGCUCUCCCUACGGAUGCCGUACAUGACACGCGAGGCCAGCAAGGCGGAGAUUGCGCGCACCAUCUCCGUGACGCCCAACAUACGCUACGUUGACCUGCCGGCGGGGAUAUACAGCGACGACGCGUCGUGUUUGGCGUUGAAGCAGGAGCUUAUCGGACGGUGUCCGGAUUUGCGUCGCAUGACCUACCGACACGGCGCCGAGGGCAGCUUCUUGCAGUUGCCGGAAGCCCGUCUGUGGCAGAAUUUGGAGGUGCUGGAACUCUCUCGAUUAUACAUUGAGCCGCGGCUUCUUCGCAUGGGGCUGGCCUCGUUUCCUAAACUCCGCGACCUGACCCUCGACGACCUGCCGUGGCUGGAUGACUCGGCAUUUGACCUCUCCGACACUCUGCCUCCUUUCCCAGCCGUCCAGCGGCUGACCCUUCGCGAUACCCCGAACGUCACGGCAAGCGGGCUUGCCGGCGUUCUUUCCCUGCCUUUGAACCGCACGGAACUACGAUAUUUGACACUGUCUGCGACGGGGGUGCUCCCAUCCACUCUGCACCAGAUCCUGUCGGCUGCGCCGCAGCUACACACCCUAUCAGUCAUUCAGGACGUAUCGCGGUCCUUCCCGACCGACCGGGUUCCGCCGCUGUCUUCCCGGUCGCUGCAAUUACUGCACUACGAGAUCACCUCGCCGGCGGGGUCGUACGGCCUGCCGCCAGUAGCUGCAUCCUACUACACGUACCUGAUCUCGUCGCUGAUGUCGAACUGCCUGCCAGGACUGCGUGACCUGUACGUGCGCGACGCCAGCUUCCCAGAGGCACUGCUGCUGGCGCCGCCCCCACGACUAUUCGGUGGUGGCGAGGGCGGACCACAGUUCUUCAGCGGAGGUAUUUCGCAGCCACUAAACGUGUAUAGCAAGGGUCUGGACGAGCUUGAGUGGAACUUUACGCCGUACGAGCCACCAUCAACACGAGGACGGCGCGAUGGCACAACCCGACCGGUGAGCUUCCACGACGCGCAGCUCAGUCGGUCAUGGGGCGGAGACGCACGCAAGAGCGUGCUAGUAGGCAAUGGAUUUGGUGGAUUCCUGGCAGUGCCAGUGGACGAUGGACGACCAAAGAGCAGUGGGGGAUGGCGACGCGAGAGCCGACAAGAUUUGUGGAGGUAGCAGCGAUGCAGCAUAGCGAUUGGAGCAAUAUAAUGAUAAUGACUAUACCAUCAUCCA